UCCUCCAACCACCCCCACCCCUCCCUCCCGGCCCUAGCCAUUCCCGCUGGUAGAAUCUGGCGGGGCUGGAAAGGGGGCGGGGUCCUCACUGGUCUCUCAAACUGAAAGUGGUCCCGUCCUGCUGCUACUUGCUGAUCAGGGACUGGCCAGGUAGGGGACUUGAGCCAGCGUUAGAACUUUCCCAGCUGUUCGCGCCUCGGAUUCCUUGGCCCGCUGAGAGCUGAUCUGGGAGCCGUGUCACGUGGUCUUCGCGCCCUCUUCCCUUUGAGAGGUCUCCGGGGGUCCUAAAUAGUUGUAAGUUGAAUCCUUAGACCAGAAGUAUGGCAUCAACAUUCAAUGGAGAAAAUUAUAAUGUUAACCUCUGGGAAGCGCACAAAAAUAUGCUGACACAGCCUUUGAAAGACAAUGAUAUAGAGGUAUAUACAAUUAUUAAGAAGGAGAAUAAUCGCCAGAAGACUGGGUUGGAACUCAUUGCUUCAGAGAAUUUUGCAAGUCGAGCAGUUCUGGAAGCCUUGGGUUCUUGUCUGAAUAAUAAGUAUUCAGAAGGAUUUCCAGGCCAGAGGUAUUAUGGUGGUACCCAGUUUGUGGAUGAAUUGGAAAUUCUAUGUCAGAAGAGGGCUCUGCAGGUCUAUGGCCUGAACCCAGAAAACUGGGGGGUUAAUGUUCAGCCAUAUUCAGGAUCUCCUGCAAAUUUUGCGGUGUACACAGCUCUGGUAGAACCCCAUGGGAGAAUUAUGGGUCUAGACCUGCCUGAUGGAGGUCACCUCACCCACGGCUUCAUGACAGAAAAGAAGAAAGUCUCCGCCACUUCCAUCUUUUUUGAGUCCAUGCCCUAUAAGGUAAAUCCAGAUACCGGUUAUAUUGACUAUGACAAACUAGAAGAAAAUGCCCGCCUCUUCCACCCAAAGCUGAUCAUUGCAGGAAUCAGCUGCUAUUCCAGGAACCUGGACUAUGCCCGCAUGCGGAAGAUUGCAGAUGAUAAUGGGGCAUAUCUUAUGGCUGACAUGGCCCACAUUAGUGGACUGGUGGCGGCAGGGGUAGUCCCCUCUCCCUUUGAACACUGCCACGUGGUGACCACUACCACACACAAAACCCUUCGAGGUUGCCGGGCUGGCAUGAUCUUCUACAGGAAAGGAGUGCGCAGUGUGGACUCUAAGACAGGCAAAGAGACAAUGUACAAUUUGGAGUCACUGAUUAAUUCAGCUGUUUUCCCAGGACUACAGGGAGGGCCUCACAACCAUGCCAUUGCAGGCAUUGCUGUAGCUCUGAAGCAAGCCUUGACACCUGAAUUUAAGAUUUAUCAGCAACAAGUGAUUGCCAACAGCAGGGCCUUGGCAGCAGCCAUGAUGGAGCUGGGUUACCACAUAGUAACAGGUGGUUCUGACAACCAUUUGAUUCUUGUGGACCUACGCAACAAAGGCACCCAUGGAGGAAGAGCUGAAAAAGUGCUGGAAGCUUGUUCUAUUGCUUGUAACAAGAACACCUGCCCAGGAGACAAAAGUGCAUUAAGACCUAGUGGACUGAGACUAGGAACCCCAGCUCUGACCUCCCGAGGAUUACUUGAAAAAGAUUUCCACAAAGUAGCCCAUUUUAUUCAUGAAGGAAUAGAACUGACUCUGCAGAUUCAGAAAGACCUCGGGCCCCAGGUCACCAUGAAAGAAUUCAUGGAGAAACUUUCGGGGGAUGUGAAGUAUCAGGGUCUUAUCAAGGCCCUCAGAGACAAAGUGGAGAGCUUUGCAGCUGGUUUUCCUCUGCCUGGAAUCCCUGAUUUUUAAAAUGAGAUUGGAUGAUGUCAGCAGUCUCUUGAAUUUCAGAACCAGAUUGGAAAUAUUUAGCCUGAUGGUUACCCAAGUGCCAAAAGCCUCCUUUUAAGAAAAGCAAAGUAGGACAAUGUAUAAAGGGGAGUGGGAUGUAUAAUGUAUAAAAGGAGUGGAAAGAGAGGGUUUUUUGGGGGGUGGGAGGGGAUCUUUUUUAAUGAGCUUUUUUUAACAUCUCUGCAUUUAAAAAAAAAAAAAUUACCACCAGGCAGUCACUGAGGAACUUCAAAGGAUGGUGCGUAAACCAUAAACCCAUAAUUAGUCAUUUGGGGGGAUACUUUACUAAUUAGUGAAUUUAUUUUGAGUCAUACUUUUUAAUCUAAUUUUUGAAUAACGAUUAGAGUUUUCUAGGGCCAUUAGGCCUUCAUUCAAAUGAACAAUGAUAUAAUGUAAAAAUAUUACUUAAAUAAUUUUAUUUAACCUUCCCUGCAGUGCUCAAUUGGCUUGUUCAUAACUUUGUUGCAGCAGCUAGGAAAACACCCAUGUUAAUAGCUUGUAAAAGUUACUCAAUCUCAGUAUCAUGUUGUUUAGCAGAAUGCCAGAAGAAUUGAAUCAUGUCCAUUUUAGUAAGAAAGGAAAUUUUUGAGAAGCUUCAAUUAAGUAUAAUAUUACAAGACUGACAAGUUUGUAUCUGGUACAACAUUAUGUAGAAAGAGCUCAAAGCAGCUUAUAAAUGCUUUAAUCCUCAGUACUUUGGAGAGUAAGGUGGCAAACGUGACUCUUAUUUCUAGAAGAACAGAUCACAUAUGAGUGAUCCUAUGCUGAUUACUUGCAGUAAUCGCUUUAUAUUUCCAGUGUGACAUAUUGGUCUGUUCCCUACAAUCAAGACAUCUUAAGCUGGUGCCUUCCAAUGAAACUAUUUUUCAAACAGCUGAGUGCAAAACAGUAAUGACCAUUUUUAAUAAGCACAAUAAAAUUAACCACAGAAUGUGACAAGAAUUAUAGCUUUAAAAAUACAACCAAAUUUGUAUUUCAAAAAUAUUUGAACUCAAAUAAAUUAAUUUUUUACAGUA